AUGUAUGGCAAAAACAAAUCUGUCGGUAUUCCCUCCGAUGCCCAGUCGAAAGAAAAAUUGGCUGUAUAUGUUUAUGAAUACCUUGUGCAUAUUGGUGCACAGAAGACUGCCAACUCUUUCCUUCAAGAGAUUCGAUGGGAUAAGUCAAUAAGUGUUGGUGAACCACCUGGAUUCUUACAUUCUUGGUGGAGCGUAUUUUGGGACCUUUAUAGCGCCGCCCCUGAAAGACGGGACACGCAUGACUAUUCUAGCGAAGCGAAAGCAUUCCACGAUUAUGGUUUUGUAAAUUCUGGUUACCCGAAUGGAUUACCACACCCUAAUCAUCCUGUAAUGUCUGGCCCUGCGGGUGUUAGCGGUCCUGGUGGUGCUGGGCCAGGCAUGCCUCCUCCUCUUGGGCCACCGGGUCCUGACCCAGUAUCAAUGAGACAAAGGCCUUCUGGACCACCUUUAAUGCCAGGUAGUGGCUUGCAGAAUGCUGGACCUGGGCUUCAAGGACCUUCUCCGCAUCACCCAUCGGUACGUUUUCAUCAGCCUGGAGCUGGCGGAUAUCCAGGGAUUCCUGUUGGUGGUGGUAUGAUGCCACCUCAUGCAAAUUUGCUACCGGGGUCUGGUCCGCCACAUCCCAUGCACGGAAAUCCUAUGAUGCCCCAUCAUCACCAUCCUUCUGGAGCAAUUGUAGGGCAUCCUCGCCCUAGAUGGAUCGGUCCGUCCAUUCCGCAACAACAAGCGGGUGGUCCUCCUUGCCCUCCUCAGCAAGGUGGAGGGCCACCUGUCUGUUCGGGAUCAGCGGGACCAAAUUCAGUCUCAUCAGCCGGACCUGGUAGUGUUGGUCCAGGUUCUUGCGGUGGUAGUGGGAUCGUUCCUAGUCCUGGUCAUCCCGGCACACCAACUCAACACGCUCCCCAUCUUGCUGCACCUAGUCCAAUCAACAAUCAGUCUAAUGAUCACCAACCACCUGGAAGUGGGAUGUCGAGUCAUCCGCAUCAUCCUACACCUCCGCAUUAUAUUGGGGGUCAACCACCACCACAACAGCAAACUCCACCAACCUCAAACUCUUGUAUCCCUCCAGAAUAUGCCACACGACCUUCACCGCAUCUCGUUUUUAGCGGUGGUGGGCCUGGUUCUACUCCUGAUAAUGGUAUGUUUGGUGCUGGUCCAGGUUGCAGUGACUCGGGAAUGCUUAAUGGUUCGGUAGGCCCUCCUCGAAGUAGUGGAAUGAUGCCGCCGCCUCCUCCAGACUAUUCUAGUGGCAUGCCGUCUUCUGCAUCAAAUCCAUACCCACCCGGUUCAGAUCUCAAAGCCUCACCACUACACGGUGGUCCUGGAAUGGGGUGUGAUAUGAUGAGUCCAGCAGGUGGUCCUCCCCCAUUAAUGCCAUCAGAUUAUCCUCCUGGUAACGGUCCAGGAGGCAAUGGACCUGGACAAGGUAACAGUGGUUUUCCUGGUGGCCCCGGGGACUCUGUGAUGAUGAUGCCUCCUCCACAACAACAAGGAAAUGUCUUGCAGCAACAACAUAUGGGUAGUGGACCUCAAGGCCAAGCUCCUCCACCUCCUCCUCAAUAUGUUCCUUCUGGUGCGCAGCACUCAGGGUCAAGUGGGGGUCCACCGUCCUCAAUGCAGUCAGUUUGUGGCGGUUCAAAUCCUAGUCCAGCUGGUGGUCCAGGAUCCGUGCAAUUUCCGCAAGAAUACUCGUUUAGUCAGAUGUCCUAA